GAUGGACGCUUGACAUUUUACCCAGGAAAUCAGACUGUGGAUUUGCCUUUCAUAAAUUUUAUGAAAAGAUACGGCACUGUGUUUCUCAAUGCCUACACCAAUUCUCCCAUUUGUUGUCCUUCCCGUGCAGCCAUGUGGAGUGGUCUUUUCACUCAUUUAACAGAAUCUUGGAAUAACUUCAAAGGUCUGGAUCCAGACUAUGUAACAUGGAUGGAUCUCAUGGAGAAGCAUGGCUACCACACGCAGAAGUAUGGGAAACUGGACUACACUUCUGGCCAUCAUUCAGUGAGUAACCGCGUGGAAGCCUGGACUAGAGACGUUGACUUCCUGCUCCGGCAAGAAGGGAGACCCAUGGUGAAUCUUACUGGGGACAGGAGGCAUGUGAGAGUGAAGGAAGCAGAUUGGCGGACUACAGAUAAAGCAGUAAACUGGAUAAAGGAAGAAGCCGUUAACCUUACUCAACCAUUUGUUCUUUACUUGGGACUGAAUUUACCACACCCAUAUCCAUCACCCUAUACGGGAGAAAAUUUUGGAUCCUCUACAUUUUUAACAUCUCCCUAUUGGCUUGAAAAGGUAACGUAUGAAGCUAUUAAAAUACCCAAGUGGUCUUCUCUUUCAGAGAUGCAUCCAGUAGACUAUUACUCAUCUUACACCAAGAAUUGCACAGGAGAGUUUACAAAGCAAGAAGUGAGAGAUAUUAGAGCAUUUUAUUAUGCUAUGUGUGCGGAGACAGAUGCCAUGCUGGGUGAGAUCAUUUCCGCGCUGAGAGAUACCGGGCUUCUGAAAAAUACCAUAGUGAUGUUCACUGCGGAUCACGGAGAACUUGCGAUGGAGCACCGGCAGUUCUACAAAAUGAGCAUGUAUGAAGGCAGUUCCCAUGUUCCUCUUCUAGUUAUGGGGCCAGGUGUAAAAGAGCAGCAGCAAGUACCAAAUGUGGUGUCUCUCGUGGAUAUAUAUCCUACUAUGCUGG